AUGAGUCUCCUCUCUGGAAGCUUCUACUUCCUCGAGCGGCUCAGUCGGAAAGCAGGUCUCACAGUUCAGCCGGCAGCCCCUCCUCUUCCUGUCUCCACGUGCCUGUGUGGUGGAAGCAGUCAAAGGCCCCGCGCACAGGUGCCACCGGGCCACCUGCUCUGCCCCGUGCUGGCCGUGGCCGGGACGGUUAACCAACCUCUCUGUGCCUCCCGCUCAUCUGUGAGGCGGCUGAGCCCCCAGGGGCUCCCCUUGCCCGACACAGGUCUGCCCUUUGCUCCCGGUGGUCACCUCUCAGCCCUGGGAACGUCCUGCCAGAGAAACAAUUCUGGAAGAAGCAACCUCUGGGUUUACCAUGGAAUCAUCUGGACUCUGACCAAAAGAGAGGAAGCUUUAAGACAAUCCGCUGGACAGUUAACACUUCCUGAGGACACCACCUGCUGUGCGCUCACCUGGGAAGUUCUGAGGAGCCUGCCUUCAGCGAGGUCUGAACACCCUGUGUCCCUGGGGCUCUCUCCUCUGCUCGGCCGGCCGGAGCGGAAGCUUCCACUCACAGCCUCCUGCGUGGGCCCUGGAGCUGCAGGAGGCCGUCACAGGUGCCCUUAA